AUGCCAUCGGAUCUAAACCUUAAGAAAUCAUGGAACCCUAAGUUACUAAAGAACAGAGAAAUAGUCUGGCAAAGAGAACAAGAACUUCUUAGAGAACAUCGGAAAAAUCAGCUUCAUAAGGCCAAGUUAGAUGAGAUUAACGAAAAGAAUGAGCUUUUAUCGUUAACCGAGCCUUCAAAAGACUUAACAAAGAGGAAGGACAAAAAUAUCAGUUGGAUGUACGGCAGUGAACAGUCUGCCAGCACAGAUGGUGAGAAAAUUGAUGAAGAUAUCCUACUUGGGAAACGUUCGGUUGUCGAUGCAUUGGUUGAUAACGCCAAAAAAGAUAAAAAACUAACACGGAUGGAAAAAGUUAUGAAGACAGGGGAGGGAUAUAUCAAUCAGGACAACCAAAGUGGGGAGAUGAGUACUAAGAAAAAAAUAGCCAAACUAUCAAAGGACGAUCCGUUAUACACAAUGAAACUUCAACAAAUCAAAAGACAGGAGUAUUUAGCUAGACAGGAAAAGGCCAACUCUUUGAGAGCAAGAAUCGAGACGAAUAAAAAGACAUCUAGGAAUAGUGAAGGGAGAUUUGAAAAGGAUCAUGGGAUGCAUAAUAGGUGCAAGAAUAAAGAACACUCAGCAAAAGGUGGCAAGCAUAAUAAUUACCGUUCGGUCGAGAGAGACUCACGAGAAUAUGAUCCACGUUAUAAGAAGAAUAAUUCUAGAUAUGGCUACAGAGACAACUAUAGAGUCAGGGACUGA